AUGGCCUCGGAACGGUUUGACAAGGGUCGGAUCUUUCCUCAAGCUUUUGAAAGACCGGGAUCGGAUAUUAGAAGAAUGGGAUACCUCAAGAAACUUAAGACCAACAAAAAGAAAUUUUUUGUGCUGCGGUCGACUAGCAGCAGUGGACCUGCUAGACUGGAAUAUUAUGAUUCCGAGAAAAAGUUCCGCAAUGGACAACUUCCAAAGCGCGCUAUACAACUGCACACACUUCUGAACAUCAACAAGAAGUAUGACAGUAAGCAUAAAUAUGCCAUUGCCCUGUACACCAAAGAUGAUUGUUUUUCUGUGAUGGCGGACGAUGAGAAUGAGCAGGAGGACUGGUACGAGUUGCUGCUGGACUACCAGUGUGAAUACCUGAGAGAAGGGGACAAUAAGAGGGAACACUAUGAGCAUGUGUGGCAGGUGACCAUCCAGCAGAAAGGCCUUGGGACUGUGAAGACUCUGAAGGGCAACUUCCGCCUCUGUCUGUCCAAGCAGAGCAUCAGUCUUUUCAGGAUUAACUCCGACAAACCACAGGUGUCUUUCCAGCUGGCCACAGUACGGUCGCUGGCUCACCAUGACAAUCUGUUCCGUAUGGAGGUAGGGAGCUGGGCGCCAACCGGUGCCGGGGAGCUCUGGAUGCAUGUUGAAGACUCAGUCAUAGCACAGAGCAUGCAUGAAGCUAUACUGAAAUGUAUGAAGGAAGCCACUGCCAAUAGCAGUUUUGAUGAGUCUGACAGUGGCCGCUUUGAAAAGCGAUCGGAAAGUAUAGCUUACCGCAACCGACCACAUAGUCAGGACUUCCGACCUCGCACUGUCAGUGAAAGUCACACACAGAGUCCUCGUAGAGUUCGAGUUAAGCAGAUUGAUGACCAUCCAAGGCCUGUGUCAACAGUCUAUCCAACCAAUCGCUCAACCUCACUGCCAGCAGACACUAUUUCCCCAGGAACUAGUCCACUAAUGCACCUAGACAUGCACCUGGGCCCCACCGGUUCCGGUCCGACAGUGCCGAGUCCCGGGCAUCUCGCUCCAGUAUGCUGGCAGGGGCAGAGGACCUCAGUCCAAUGGUUCUUACCACCAUCAUAUGCUGGGACGAUGUCGGAACAUUCUCCCCAGGUGAUUGAUGAGGAGGAUGACAGCUACUUCGAGCAGGACUUCAGUUCUCAUGACUUCACAUCAGUCUCCUCCUCCCCAGCUGAAGUUAAAACUCCUCUAGAAGAAGAUGCUGGCCAGGCAAGCCCAUAUAUGGACAUGCGUCCGGGGAAUACCACCCCUCCCACAGCUACUAGUGGGGGAGGCUAUGUGGCCAUGAACCUGGGCACACCCCAGUCAGCUCCUCAUGAUGUGAGCACAGCCAGUGCGGAGGUCGACGCCUAUAUGACAAUGGGGCCUGGGAGGACAGUGUCGGAACCUAUACCCAUCAAGUCAGGGGUGCCCACCACCAGUAGUAGUGGGCCUAAUGUUGGGGGUGGCACUGGCUACAUGGACAUGAGCCACAGCUCCCAUCUCCCCACAGUCAGGGAGGGCGGCAGUAAUGAAGGCUAUCUCCCUAUGACCCCGAACAGUGGACAAAGUCCCAUAGACAGUAGCCAUCUACGUCCUGAGCCGGCUGUGUACAUGUUGUCAGAUGAUGCCAGUGAGUUCCCUAAGAGGACAUACUCGCUGGGCAGCAGACCACCUACAAAGCCAGGUGCAAGGAUCCCAAACAUACAUGACCCUGUCCCUAUCAAGCGCGGAAUCUUAGAUAAUGAUGGCCGAAGUUGUAGUGCACCUCACCUCAUCACUCACCGAGGUCGAAGUCUAAAUGUGGAAUCUCCCACGCCUAGUGCCAGCCCUCUUAGUAUGUCAUAUAAAUCGGAGUCAUCUUACAGAUCCGAUGACUCCGAUUCCUUUAUGGAGUUGGACUUCCACCGACCUCGUACUGCCAGUGACAGUCAUGGCUACCGCCCCAGAGCAUCCAGUUUUGGCAAGUCCCCCAUGCAGUCACUUCAAGGUCAUCGACCCCGGUCAUCUAGCUACGGGCAGAGUGCUCGGACAUACAAGCUGAAACAUGGAGCAAGACUGGGAUCUUAUGAAUCUGUGAGAACCACAUCCCAAGAGCUGCUACAUAAAUCAUCUGUAGAUUCAUUGAGUCAUCGUAGUUCUCGAGAUUCCCUUAGGGUAUCGUCAAAUGAAUCACUGAGGAAGUUGUCUGAGGAACUGAGAACAAAGACACACUUGUUGAACACCGACUACAUUGACAUGUCGGUGGAGAAGCGUAAGACUCCCUCCCCUCAGCCUCCAAACCGAGGGCGGGAGAAUGGAUACAUGGACAUGACCCUGGGUAGUCGCACAAACUCCCCAAGUAGGAGUAAGUCUUCACAUGACUCGGGUAACACCAGUAAGUCGCAGAGCUCGGAGAAGCUUCAUGUCCAGGGGCAUUCAGAGGACACUUACAUCAAUGUGGAACCUUCUGAAUUGACCUCUUCAUCUUCAUCAGGGUCUGCCUAUAUGAAUUUAGACCUUCAAGAUCAAGGUCAUCAUGCUCGGCAUUCAGGUUCUGUUCAAGGUCAGUGUCGGUCGGAUAUCAAAGCCUCUGAAAAAUUAAAACAGACAGUUGAAAGCCCAGAUUCCUAUGUCAUGUAUGAACCGAGCGUGAAGGGUGGGCAUGCUGUUGAUGAGAGUCAUCAGCCAGUGACAUUGAGACAUGGAAGUGGAAGUACAGACUCCCUAAAGAAGAAGUCCAGACAGUCAGGAAGUCAGGAGAAAAGCAAAAGUAGAGAUCACCGACGUAAAAGUGGGGCAUCUUCGAAGAGGAAGUCUCACAUUGAUGAAGCUAAAGAUGUUCAUGUAACCAAGGUAUUACAGUCAUCCCAUGUGACCAUAAGAGACUCUGCUGCUGCUCCUGCUGCUGCUGCCGCCGCUGGUGAUGAGUACGUAGAGUUUGCUCCAGUAGGACAAACUGCUAAGGGAGCUCAUUCAGGCUCAAAGACAGACCGAUCCAGAAGUGAGCCUAUACGUGCUGAAUCAGAAUAUGUAGGCUUUGAACCAGGGAAUGUGGGCCCUGGUUCAGGAUUCUCUAAACCCCAAAAAAUGAAAUCAUUCUUUUCUUCUGGGAUAAAAUAUGAAAAAGAGACACCAAAAUCUGCCUCAGGAGAUUCACGGGUAACAACAUCUCAAAGUGGUCUUGCUUCAUCCAAAUCUGCGAAAACACAAGAAAGUGACUAUGUGUUGAGUUCUCCGAUAGGGAACACUCCUAGUAUAUCUAAAGGGGGAAACAAUCAGAGUGACUAUGUACUCAGUUCUCCUUUAAAAGUAGUGCACCCCCCACCUCAGGGAAGGGGGAUGCCAGUGACUACAUGGUUAACGAAGGCCUCAGAAUGUUCAGCUGAUGCUGCAGCUGCUCAGAAGAAAUGUUCCACUAUAGUCCCACAAUCUGCCAGUAGCGGAUAUUGUAACUUACAAAUUUCUCAGAGAACAAUGGCAUGUCAUGAAGGCACAUCCGUGGAUCCUCCGGUGUCUGAUACCAACAAACAGACUCCUGAGACUGUGGGAGAAACGUGCAGAGGUGUUGAACAUAGUGGAGUCAGAGAAACAGUAAAUCCUCAGGCCAGAGUAGAGACUGUGAAGUCCCCAUCAACAAAAAGGCAGGAAGUUGGAGGGAUGAGAGCCAAGCAUUAUUCAGGAAGUGCUGCUUCUGCUUCUUCAGCGCCUGCUAAGACUACAGGCAUGUCAGGUGGUGAAGGUGAACACAAGGUGAAGGAUGGUCAAUACCUAGAAGAACCAAAUGCCAAGACCUUGACCCGCCCCGGAAGUACACCAUCCAUGCUGACCAUGGAUGAGACUCAGUCCAAACCUGCUGCUACUGGAGCCACACUCAGUGUUGAUCCAAAUCCUCGUAGUCGACACAGCAUCAGUGAUCUUAGUGCGUAUGAGCAGAUGACGUUCACUAGCAACAUGCUGUCGUCACAACAACACUCAUCUAGUAACACACUGUCGUCACAACAAAACUCUUCUGGUAACACGCUGUCGUCGUCACAGCAAUUGGCAACCAGCAGUGAAAAGGUGCUGAAUUAUGCCUCCCUAGAUCUCGGGUCCUCCGAGGCUGUGGGUGACAGUGACACUAGCUUGCGGUCACCACGGACAAAAAGUCGCCAUUGUUCUGCUGCUGACGAUAAGGGGGAGCCACCUCUUUCUUAUGCUCAGAUAGACUUCGAGAAAUCAGAGACUCUGAAAGCUGCAGCUGGAAACAAAGAUGUUAAGUUUACAUUAUGAGCUGUUACAUUGUUUAUUGAUGCAGGAGUCUUUUUUGUCUUCAUAUUAGAAGCCAGUGUCAUUUAAAUCAAAUCUUAGUGGUUGCUACCACAGCACAAAGAUCAAAGGACAUACCAUUACAGAUUAAGUCAGAACAACCUUUCGUGAACUUUGACUUGCUAAUGAAAUGAUUGACAAGAAGUCGAUAUGAGCCAUUCAGAAACAACUUUCUAGAAUUUUAAAGUUUGCAAUUCAAAAUUUUAAAUCUGCACAAAUGAAUAUGCUGAAAUGUGUACCAGAUGUCCGAGAUUUUUAGGCUUCCCACAGACUGGUAAGUCUCAUCCGUUUGAAAUGAUUAUUCCACUGUAGGGAGAAACAAACAAUGAUUUUAUGUUCUGAAUACCCUGAUACACAUUCCAACUGUCACUUGCCCCAACUGGUGAGCGACACUGUGAUUAGUGAUGAAAGGUCAAUCUAAGGAUGUCCUCCGAUCUUUGUCUAGCCAUAGCAACACUCAAGAUCAGACUUUUAUGAAAUUGUAUUAGAAUUUAUCUUCAGUGGGAUGCUCUCUCACAAUGACAAAUUGUUGGCUACCUAGGAGAAGCAAGUUCAACAUAUCCUGUCAUCUGGAUGCUGUGUUUGGUGUGAAUGUGUGCUGAUGUUACUGAUUCUAAUGCUUUUGUAAUGUGGCUCAUGUUGGUAGGACCAUGGCCAGCUCUUCUGUAUCACCAGAGUGUUGACGAGAUCUCCUGUAUAUGUGGCCGGUAUGACAGUGCAGGGAAUUUAUAUAUAUUAAAUCUAUUCAUUUAGUUAUUUAAAUAUAUCUUAAACUGCAAUAUAUUGCUGAGUAACCUCAUUUUUCUUAUUAUUAUGUGCCCUUGAACUCUGAGAUUGAUGUCAGCGUCAAAGCACAUAGAAAUUGCAUGUUUCUAUAGUCUCUCCUGAGAAUGAACUGUUCAUAUCAAAUAUGUUGACAGUAGACACUAUUGUACUAUGAUAACUCACAUGGCCAAAGAGGUUGUGUGGAUUUGUGUCGUGAUGAGUGAUCCAUUGAUUUUACCUGAGGUUAUCUUCCCUUGAAACACAGUGAGCUAAAAAUUUGCAGAGAUCUUUAGAUUGUAAUUUGAUGCUGGCCCAAAUCACAACUAACAGCAGCCAUUUUGGAUUUUGCUGGAUGAACUGCUUAUCUGACUUCAUUUGGCUUGUUUGUGUCUAUAUCGUACCUCUGGUACCACAACAGCAGUGUUCUUUCACCAUUUUGCUGAAGACAACCCAAGAAAAAAGCAACUGUGAAGUCUUGAGAAGACAUUUCAGUCACAUUCUGGUCAUCCUCUUGUGAUCUUUGUGCCUGUCUGUCAUCCAGCAUGGCGGCCAUGACAGCCAUAUUGAAGUAUAAGAAUCUAGCCCACUAUUCUGAGGCAGUCUGCACUAUGUCAGUGGUUUCCUUCAAGAAACUAGAAAAACUGUUUGCAGGCCAAUAUGUUAUCACACUAUUCAGAUGAUUUCUAACACAUUGAAUUUGUUAUCCUCAAUACUGGUUUUCAUGAAAAUGGAUAUUAAACUGCAGGAAUGGUCCCUCUUCUGGGAUCCCUGAUUUGUUCAUAUCACCUUCAAGCAAAUUUGGGCUCUUAAUUGUAAACUUAACAUGGUACUAGGGGAAAGGGUUACGGCCUAAUCCGUCAAAUUUUGAAUAGUCAGCAGUGCCGAUCUGUCCAAUCAUGCUUGAGUGGUUCUGUGCUAAUCGGUCGAAUUUCAGACCGUGUUAACACACUGGGAGAGCAUUUUACUACUUUGAAAUCAGAAAUUCGACAGAUCGGUAUGCGACCAGGGAAAGCUGGUGUGAAGAUUAUGUGCAGUGGAUCUGAAACAUCUUUUUUCCUCAGGCUACUCAUUCAGUAGGAGCAUUGUAAAAAGAGAGUUUAUACAUUUUUACAUAUGGAAGGCAUUGUGCUGGCACAAUAUUACCCAAUAGGAAUGAUCAUAGAAUAUGUUGGAGAAAACAAUUUGACUUUAUCCUUGUAAAUGAUAUUUGUAUUUUUAGUGUGUUUGUGGAUAUGAUUUUGAUUAGAUAUAUGAUAAAAUGAUAAUUAGCAGCAGUGUAUGAAAUGUAGAAUAUAUUCCCAUGUGAGGCAAAUGUUUCUCCUGACUGUCAGACUGAACCACACUGAAGGCACACUACAGUAAGUUGUGCCAACAGACAUGAAUGUUUCAGAGUUUCAAGUAUAUCCAGCGGAAGACAUCAACUGUUUGCAUGAUUUUUCUUAUUGCUAAUGGCAGACAUAUUUGGGUACCAAACUAUAGGUAUGAGAAGAAAAAACAUAAUCUAACAAUAGUUAAAGAUUCAAUGUACUUGAAAGUGGGUCCUCACAAUAAUAUGUAAGAACAGUAAUAGCGGGGCUGGGAAGUUUUGUUUUGAUAGUUAUAAUGAACAUGUUGAUAAUGACAGUAGGUAAUUGUUUUCUUAACAUUUUACUUAUUUUUAUUACAAGCAGGAAAAACACACAAAAAUACCCACUGCCUUUCAUUACAGGUAUAUUUUAUUUUCUAAUUCUGGCCUAAGAAGAAGCACAAGUAAAUUUUACAAGAACUACAAAAAGUAAUGGUAUUUUAGCUAAAACUCUUGCAGUAGCUGGAAAUGAAACAGGAGUCGUAGUUGUUCAGUCUGAUAGUUAUGGCAGAGUACUUGCUGUUGCUCCACAUUGGGACCUAAAUCCAUCUGUUGUUAUGACAACAGAGACCUUGUCCCAAGUUCCUUGUUUCUCUAGGGUCUCACUGUUGCCUCCUAUAUUGUUACGGGUGCCAAACAUGUAUCGUUACCAUGGUUACUGUUAAUUUUUAAUGGCACACUAUUAAAGUUGAAGUUUGUUGAUCAUGAAAGAUAGCAGACAAAUUAUUUACCGGUUGCAGUAUAUUUUCAGCCACAAGUGCAUUCUAAGUUGUGUUCUCUGCUGUGUCGCUCCUGGGGGAACUCAUACGAGCAAUGGUUUAUAUUUUGUAAAUGUUAAAAUAUGAAGAAACUUUGCAGGGACAACCCAGCACUGUAUUUGUGCAGUUGUGUUUUGAGAAUGAGUACCAAUCUACCAAAGAUUACCAAUAUUGGAAGAAAUAUUGUACCAUUGGAAUUGUUGAAUUUGACCGAAUUCAUGAUGAUGGUAAUAUGAUAGCAAGGGCUGAAACUAUAUAUAUGUUCAUUAUUGAUAUUGCUAGACUGUAUCACUGUCUGCACAGUAUAUUGUGGAAAGAAUUGGUGACAAGGUUGUUGUUAGCGAUGCAGAUUUAUACACUUUAAUGGUCACUAUGCUGAUCAACUGAUCCAGAGAAGUUUGAAGUUGUGUAUGCCGAUCUUAUUGGUCAUCUAAUUGUUCCUUUAAACUGUUUGGCUGAUCAAAGUGUGUCCUUGAAUGUGAUUGGCUGAUGUUUUGUUACCUUGGAAUUGAUUGGCUUGUUGAAUCAUCUGCUUCUAAAACUUUUUCCAAGUGUAUGGCUGCUAGACAUGUAUAUUAUAUAUAUUGUUCUUUUUUUGCUUUGCUACAAAUGGACAUGAUCAUUAUUGUCUGAAAGUUCUCAGUUGUGUUGGUCCAAAUAAUUUACAAGUGAUGUUUUAUAUGGUUGUUUGAUUUUAUCUGUGAACAUGAGGAGGAAAACUGUUGCCUGAGUUAAAUGUAGGCGAUUUGACAAGAAGGACUGUUUGUCCAUGCCAGCUGUAGUUGGAGCUUAGUGUGUACCAGGUGUGAUGUUAUCAUUUUGAUAAUUAAUGCAUAAAUAUCACCUCUAAACACACACAAUUUCACACAGUGUAUUUUACGUUUAGUCUGUGAAGAGGAUUGACAGGGAGUGAAUGGUAUAUUUAGCCACUGUAAGCAAGAUUCAAGCAGUAUCAUGGCAGUGACACCAGAAAUGAGCUUCACACAUGUUACCCAUAUCGGGAAUCAAACCCAGACUUGUAGUAUUACAGGCAAAUGUUCUAGUGCUGAGACAGCCUGGCUGCCCCAAGAAUAUAUCAGAUCAGAUCUCAUCUGUCAAUGUUUGUCUCCAUUACUGUCAAGUACAGUUUUAGAUCCUCCACUAACUGAAAUAAUCUGUAAAAUACAAAAAGAAAGAUUAUGUUAUUUAAAUCUGAAAUUGUAGAUGUCCGAGGUGGAUGUACAUCACAUCCUUCAUUGCCAAUCCGUACAGGGCAGAAAAUAGAAAUCAAAUGGAAUCAGGUUUCUUUUCUUUCUUUUUUCAUGAAAUUUGAAACCAAAGUUUCCUGAAAUAUUUAUGAAGUUUAUAUCAAAUAGGAAUUGGUCACAUUGUCUUCAACAAGGUACAUUUGUAAAAUAUGUAAUUGUAACAGUUUCUCAUGUAUUUGAGAAACCAAUUUCCAUCAGCCAUGGUUGAAUGAAGAGGCUACUUCAGGAAGAAAGACAGCGAUCUGAUGUAUGCUUGAACAUGGCCUUGUUACGACAGUGUCUGAAGGAUAGGUGCAGUGCCAGAUAAUGGUACUGCAGUCAUGUUUUACACAUGUAUAUUGUAUGUGACAUCAUGUUAGAAUGGUGAAAAUAGCUUGCUGGAAAUGAUGAUGUAGCAUAUGACUGUAAAAGAGCUUUACAAUUUCUCAGGUAAACUUCAGACUUGCGUCCAGAUAGUGCCAGUGUUUUGUUAUAUUUCCCAGCUGCUAAUCUCUCACCUCCGUCUCGGCAUGUAGACCUGUGUAGACACAGUUUUUCGAAUGAGACACAGAAACAUUCAUUUCAAAGACGGUUGAUAUCUGAAGCAAAAUCAGUUUUAGAUAUAUCUUUCAUAGUUUCAACAUGUCUACUGCCGCUGAGUUGAGGUGUCGUGAGAACCAAGGUUGCCAUUUUAGCGUCAGUGUGUUUCUGUAUAUCACGAAUGACUGAGUUUGGAAUCAGUUUUCCCUUCUUGAGUCAAGAACCACAACUAGUUGCAUUGCUCUCACAAAUUCAAAUAAUUGAUAAUGUGUCGUAAAUCCUUAAGUAUUCUUUUUAAAAGUAAAGUUUGAUCACACAACUAAAAUUAAUUUCUUCUGGGGAUUCAAGGCUGUGAGUUGAAGGUCAUGAAAUACACCUUCUUAUGGAUUAUUGCACAUGAACCAGAAAUGUCCUGUUGUAGUGGGAAGUACUGUCAUUAAGUCAGUGUAUCCGCUGACUUCAUUAUUUAUAGGACACUGUGACUGGUGACCUAAAAUUUUACCGGUCAUGAAUGAAAUUUGCCGGUCAUAUCCUAUUACCAUACUGUAAGUACUCAUUUUAAAGUUAUUUUUAGCCUGGGUAUUUCCGAAACAUAACAGUUUUUGUGACCAUAGCCCUUACCCAUGAUGUUUUUAUUUUAAUACAUGAUUAUUUACCGGACACGGUGUCCUGCUGGCUUUCAAUUUACCAGUCCCCAACAAAUUUUAUCGGCGAUUUUCAGGUAUAUACCGGAGAAGGGAAACACUGUUAAGUUCUCAAUCAGACUUACACUUCUUUCUCGACAUCCAUUUAAAAAUAAUGAUUUCUCUCAGAUUCUAUAAUUUAGGAGAUAUUUUCCUGUGUGAAAUAAACAGGUGUUUUACAAGCUAAUGUUUUAUUACUUUGCAAUAAGUUCAUAUUGAUUAAUGAUGAUUGUUGAUAGAUCUUGAUUUUACUGUUGUCAAUGAGUUAUAUUUUAUGUCAAAUUUUAUGAUGGAUAUGUUUUUUAUUUCUGUUGUGAAACAUGCAAUGCCGAUCAGUGGCAUGUUGUGAAUAUAGUCACAUAAGGAUUCUGUUUGUGUUUUAUGAUUGUGAAUUUCAAAAUAUAUUACAUCAUGUGCCCAUUCCCAAUCAAAGCAUAAUAUUGUUUCUAACAACAAUACAAUAAUAGAAAUCUUAUUUGAAAUUUACUUGGCUCACCAAUGUGAUUUUUCAGUGAUUCUCAGUGUCUGUGACAUUGAAAUUUGCAUAUUGUCGUGUUUACAAAUGUACAUAAUUGCAUAAUUAAACCAGACAGUAUAGAUACCAAGCUAGAUAAGAAUGCUGUAAAUUCUUUGUCAGUGUUUUAUAGCUUCAUUUUUUAGAUUCAUUUUUAACAAUAUUUUAUUUUAAUAUCAAGUUUCAGAAGUUUUUUCAAAUUCAAAACUCAUUUUGAUGAACAUAUACCUGUUUAUCGUCUCAGAAAAGAGACACACCUAUUGACUACUUCAGUUGACCAAAUUGCCCUGUCUGUCAUCUCAAGUUCUCUUUGAUUCCACUCACUACCACUACAUUUAUCCAGAGAACAUUGAACAAUGGUUGUCACAUGGUGUAUAUAUUUGGAAUGAAGGCGUCUAGCAGCCAUACAAGUCUGUGUACAUGUCAGCAUGAUUGGGCCGGCCUGAGAGCUGGUUGGCAAGCUGGGGGACAGUCCGAGGAAGUCAUUCCCUCAAUGUUCUCAUUACCAGAAAGUGAAUGUCAUGUAUACAUACAA